GAGAGAGAAAGAGUGGAGGCUGCGUUUCGCGGAUAGAUCUCUAGACCCUGAGGCAGCAGCUUCACCUCCUACUCCUCCUCAUCCUCAACUCUUCACCACCGGGCAGCGGGGCACCGACCAGCCGGUCUGCGGGGUGUCAAACCCGGCUGGAACUAAUGCAACAUGCCCGCUGUUCGUCAGCUGCAGUCGGUGUCGUUUCUUCCACUUCUGGGGGGAUUAACGCGGAGGAGCGGACGGAGACUCCCGGUGGAUCUUUAUUUAUGAGAAGCAGCUGCUCAUUCCUUCUUCUUCUUCUCUUUAAAUCUGUCCAUCCUGCUGAUGUCAGGUCGGAUGCUUCCUCUAAUGAUUAUCUGGAUCUGCAACAUGUCUUUUACUAAGGACGGACUUUCACUGCUUUAAGAAAGAAAAUGUGCACCAAAAACUACUUCAUCCAUAAUGCCUGUUUCUUAUUUAAAGCAGCAUUGCAGUGGUUGUGCAUGUUUGUGAAGUCUUGCAUCGAUAAUAAGUAAUCACGUUAUCGUUUUUAUUCACUUCUGGGGGGAUUUUGGAGACUCUUGAGGACUGGGAAACUGAACCUCCAGAGCACAUUUUGUGUUUUUGAUGAACAUGCUUCGCCUCUGCUGCUGCUGCUGCUGCUUUAACCCUCCUGUGUUCGGGUCAAAUCUCACUGAUUUACUACUUCCAUUAAUAUUUGGACAAUGGCUGAUCACCACUUCCAUUGAAUUUUGAGUGGUUUAGUCAACUUUGUAUGGUGUUCCCAGUCAGCCAUGGGUAACCCUAGAUGAUGUUCUUCCAUCAGAUACACACCCACAAAUCACCAAAAUGUUAAUUUCUCAUUUUCAGCUUCUAUUCUUUGUAUAUUCACUGCAGUUAUUCCUGUAAACCAGUAUUCUAAGACCUUGUUCACAGUUUAAUAGUGUGUUCAACAAUAUUUGGUGAUUGAUGGUGUGUUAAUAUAAGAGCAGUGAAAACAGACCGGUGACAUUCGAGAACACCAGAGAGAAGGAGGAGAGAAUCGGACACGACAGGAGGGUUGAAACACCUCCCCCGCUGUGGAUUUGUCACUUAAGAGAUGCCACCUGUCUCUGGGGUCCGUCCUGCUCUCCGGACCGGGAUGGAUGUGUCGCAGUGAGGAGGCUCCGGGAUAUUCACAGUUUGGACUUUUUGGACUGAGUCUCUCCCUCAUGCUGCUCCUCCGGCUGGCCUGGGCUCUGACUGCCGCCGCGGUCUGCUUCCUGAUCCUCCUGAUCCUCCACAACCACAUCCUCCGAGAAGGUCAGCUGCUGGCAGGGACUUGUGAGAUCGUGGCUCUGGAUCGAGACAGCAGCCAGCCGAGGAGGACCAUCGCCCGGCAGACGGCUCGCUGUGCCUGCAAGAAAGGACAGAUCGCUGGGACGACACGAGCCAGGCCGACCUGCGUCGACAUUGGCAUCGUGGGGACUCGGCAGUGGUGCGGGAUGUCUCCGUGUUUGGACGACGAAGGUUGCGAUCUCCUGGUCAAUCAGUCGGGCUGGACCUGCACGCAACCAGGAGGCCGGGUCAAAACCACCACGGUCUCCUGACACCGCGAGGAACAGACACUCCCAAAUAGAGACUGUUUCCCAUCGUCCAUCAUCACCAAGCGAAGAAUACGGCGACACCGCCAAAGAGCUGAUGCUCGGGACGGGGGCCUUACCACUUCCUGUUUUGCCAACCCGUGGAAGAACUAUGGACUGAAAACGGAUUAUUAUUAAAACUGCAGGAUGGAUUUUUCUUCUUGUCCUGCAAAACAACUCUGGUUUGACAAACCAAAGAUGAACAGAGUGGACGACGACACGUUUAUGACGCACCACCAUAUGUAUGUAAAGAAACACAUUGUGAUAUUAUACAGUAUUACUGAGCAAAGGGAAAUUAUAUAAGAGUUAUACAGAUGUAUUAUAUGAGGAGCGUUGAUGUUUCUGGGACAUGGAGGAGGUGGAAAAUCAUUUCUGCCUUAUGAACUUUUCCCCGGAACCUCAAGAAAUAUUUUAAAAUCAGAGUCGUGAACAGCAGGAAGCACUAUCGCCGGACAGGA